UAGUCAAGUCUUAUCUGUUGGACUUCCAACUGAGGGUCCUGUUCCUUUGCAAAUCUGCAGUACGCCUAAAUGAACGUGACUUUAGCGGCGGCAGUCUCCUGCAUUUUUCUCUGCUUGGCGUCAGCCAGUCCCAGUCCCUCUGGAAGAGACGAAGAAGUUGGAGGGUUCUUCCUGCACGGAAUAGGACUGGAGGCUAUAUUCGGAAGGCUUGGCGGCUUUAGUCCUAGAGAAUUCAGGCGAAAAAGAAGACCCAAGAACAUCCAACAGCUCCUCAAAGGACCUCUCUUUCCCCUCCCUGAGUACUGGUACCAGUACCAAGAAGCUCUUGCUUAUGCGGAGAGCCAUGAAGAAUCACACGGUGGGCAUGAUAAUGAUCACGGAGGUUAUGGCAAUGGGGGAUAUGGUGCCAAUGGUGACCACGGCAACGGAGGUUACGGCAAUGGGGGCCAUGGUGCCAAUGGUGACCACGGCGAAGGGUCACACAACGGAGAUUCGCACAAUUCCCAUGAAAAGACACAUUUUGCAGUUAUUCCUGACCCCUAUCGACCCGGAGGGCGGCGUUUCUACACGGGAACCCGCAGCUUCACGCGGAUACCAUAAGUACCGAUAGAGGUCCAUAAUGAAGUUACCUGUGAUAGUAAAGGGCAAACUUGAUGUUGCGGUGUCCAAGGUCCUCAUGGUAGCAAGAACCAUUAUCGCAGGUAAUGAUGCUGAUGAGUUAUUUGAAUUAAAUAUUUCUCCGCCUCUUUUCUGACCCACCUUAAAUGUUAAAAAUAUAUAUAUAUAUAUAUGUUUUUGCUAAUGCUAUUUCAUUCACAACGACUCAGUAUUGAUUAAUUCACUGUACUAAUCAGUCCCAAGACGAUAUAUAUACUCGAACAGAAGAGAUGCUGAAAAUGCAAAUCUGAUCUGAAUAUUAUUCAUCUACAGUCUUUACGAAUACAGUGUUUCUACAUUGUUUAUUGAUACUAUUUUCUUAAAAUGCAUCCCGUUCAGUUACCAGAAACUCCUCCAUGUUAAUCCAUCCAUUUUACUUCAAGCAAUAUGCUGGCUACCUUUAUAACUUGAAAUGUGUCCUGGACAAAAGUUAUGUCCCGAACCAUACUACAUCAUUUCGUCUUGGAAAGGCAAGAAUGAUAUUUAGGUAAAGUAAUUUUCCUUACACAUGCCGGAAAGAGUCUUCUAGAGCUCUUCUAUUGAUGCCAUUAAAUUAAAAGGCCUCAACUUUGUCACCGAUCUACGGCUGCUUUCCUCGACUAUUUUCUAUUCUGAUGAGGUAUUCAAAUCCAGAUUCACUGUUGUAAUUGUCCUUUCACUGCAAAGAUGCGUAUUUUCACUUUUCCUUUGACUAAAUUUUCACCUUCAAAAUAUUAUGGAAGGAAUGCUUUGAUCUUUCCCAAUUUCUUUUUCCUCGCAAUCUUAAAAAAUUCUGCUCUCCUUGAGAUGAUUACUUAUUGAAAUAAUUACAUUAUCAUUGAAGGUAACAUUGCAUCCGAUUACUGUCAAUGUGCAAAUGGGUUGUUCGGCCGUCUUAAGACAGAAUUCCGAUUUUGAUGUAAACAUUCACUGUCUAGAGAGAGAGAGAGAGAGAGAGAGAGAGAGGCGGAAAGAGGUAGAGGUAGGGAGGGAGAUGGAGGUUAUAAUGAAAGGCAAACAUGCCACAAGAGUAGUCUGUAGAAACGGAAGUGUGAUUAAAGUACCGAUUUUCAAUAACAGUAUUAUUCAGCAAUUUCAAAAGUUACAGGACCUGGCCUUUUAUUCCAAUAAUAAUAUAUAUCGUAUGUUCAUAUGCUGUACUUUCAUAUACUGUAGUCAUCCAGAACAAAUCGCAAACUUUUGAAUAGUUGCUACUUUAUUCUUAAGUAAUCCAUGUUUACCUGUCAUUCACAGGCCUUGUUUUUAAACACCUUAUAUAAAAGCUCAGUGGGAAACAACAACAUUUAUUAUGAACAGAUUUUUUUUACAUAUAUUGUAACUUUCCUUCUUGCCUCAGGUAUACUAAAAAGACUGAGCAAAUUCCUUUCUCAAUAGGUAAAAUGUUUUUUAGGUCAAAUUAUACAAUGAUAAAUUGGUCAGCAGAGAAAAACUAGGAACUCAUAAAAAUAAAAUCUUGAAACCAGUAACAGAUUCGUCAAAGGUGAGAGGUUCUAGGGCCGGGUGUUCAGGAUAAGCAAGAAUCGUUUGCCUGUUUGUAUUUAAUUUCUUUUCAGUAAUUACCAAGGACACAGGGGUCA